CCGUUCCGUGGACGGUGUUUAUUAGCCAAUUUUACCAUUACGAAUAGUUUACUGAUAAAGUUAUUUGUUUUAACCGAUGCUACCGGUUGCGUGGGUAUUUAUUCUGAUUUAUUCAUUUGUGAGAGUCCAGGAUGAAAAAAAGCCGAGUUUUGGAGAUGCUUUUUCUCUGCGUUUUGAUCUCCAGCACAGCAUCCGCGCUCGAAUGCAUCCAAUGCAAGGGGGUCGAGAACUGCAACGAUCCAGCCCAGGAUAACGUGGUGAGGUGUGAUCACGGUUAUGCCCAUUCCACGCUUCAUCGUCUGACGGAUAUGUAUCCAACCGUCGAGGAGGAAAUCGAACCAUCGGAUGAAUUUAUUUGCGUGUUUGCUAAUUUCACGUUGCAGAAUCAACCGGUCGAGCGGUUCAAAACGAAGGGUUGUUUGUUUAAAAAUUAUAGAACUUGUAGCCUGAAACCGCUUGAAUCUACUGGCCAUCUGGAUUGUUUGAGUUGCAACUCGGACCGAUGUAACAGUGCCGCUGACCUGGUUUGCAGUACCCUGCUCAUUGUGGCAGGAUGGUUUGCCACGCAAUUGUUCCAAAAAGAUUAACUUUUGCGUAACAUUUAAGAACAUUUUCACUGCCGACA